AGUGAACUUCCAACAAGGACAGGGCGUGUGUGCGUGUAAGUCGGGUAACUGGAUCCACAUCUGGAACGCCAUAACUCUCAUCUCGCGCUUAACCCCCCUUCACUCCACCCUCCCCGCUGGACGUGGACCACUGGACUGCAAUGCAGGGAUGUAGUCUUGCCUCGUGGCUCCGCUGUGCAGAUGACGGACUUCAUGACGGUGUUCCCCGAGAUCCUCGUUAAAGCCUCACAGCCGGGAUACCUGCCCUCGAAAGGUUUCCAGUUGCGGUCGACCUGCCACCUGUUCCAAGAGAGUCACAAACCUCAGGUCUGGCUUUGUUUCUUAGUUCUGAGCCUCUUGAGUACAUCUACGUGUGCUGCUCCCGGGGCUGCCAAAUUAGCACAUCUGCAGAGUUGCUUGGGAACAGAAUAUCUGAAAAAAGCCAUUGAGAAAUCUGAUGCUAUGCUAUAUGCUCCGUCAGCUAAUGAGGUGAAAGAAAACUGUAAAAUGAUGUCGCUCAAAUGUUACAUUUUGGAGUUGAGGAUGGUCAUCGUCGAAGAAGUAGGAUCCGAAAAUCCGAAAACACACUGUGUCAUGGACUUUAACGAACGACUGCCUGACCUUGACAACGGGGCUUCGGCGUAUCCUGUUGACUGUCCACCAUGUGAAGCCUACUCACUUAAGAAUAUUACAGUAUUCAUGGAAAGACUCAAUAGCCUUUUGCAAGAAUUGAACAGCAUGCAAACAUAAUGUGAUUCAACUACAGUAUAAGCUACACAUUUGUAUUUGUAAAAAAUUGUAAAGAAUUGUGUCGGUUUAUGUUUUGUAAAUAUCGCACCGUAACCUUGAAAACAUGUGACAAAGUAUAUCGUCCUGUAUUCUAAAACAUGAGUUUAAAUGAAUGAUAUAACUGCAUCUUAAGCCAUUGAUUGUUUAUAACUUUGUACAUGAAGUCACUGUGCAUUUUGCCUUGUACAGGUCUGAAAGAAUUCCCAGGAAACAGCGCCUAGUAGCACCAUUUAUUGUAUGUAUAACUACUAUCGAGCUCACAGCUAAACACUACUUAAUGUGAAACCUAUUAUACAGUAUAUUCCUAAUGAACUCCUGUGUCCUCAC